UGCAGAAAAUUAUAAAGUUAUAAGGCAUGUGUUAAUAUGGAUUCAUGGAUGUGCUUUUGAUGAAUCUUUUGAAGCACUAAAUACUGCUAUCGAGAAAAUGGAAUUACAAUCUGAAAUAUCUAUUUUAAAUCUUCAAGAUGAAUUUCUGAUGUUUGAAUUGACGGGUCCAAGAUCAACAGCUUUAUUACAAGAAGUAUUAGAUAUUGCUGAUGAUGCUGCUCCCGGAUCUAAUAUUGAAAGUUCAUUGAAUGUAAUUACUAGAAUCAAUCCUGAUUCUGAAAUUAUAGAAGUAAAGAAGGCUUGCAUUAAUAGUGAAGCACAUAAGGCUUGGUCUAAAUUACAAGAUUUACGAAGUUCAGCGUCUUUACCACCAGGAGUUGUACUUGGAUUAACUGUUUUUGAUCCACGAUUACG